GUUCCGUCCUGACGCUCUCAGCUGUACGUGACAUAUUAAAGAGGCUGGAGCAUCGCUAGGCUCCGGCUAGUGUGUUCAACGCAGAGCCGAAGAAGAGCAACGACGCGUCGGGUCGCACGCCGGGAGCACAGAGAUGGCCAAGCCGCUGACAGACCAAGACAGGAGGAAGCAGAUCUCGGUGCGGGGCCUGGCCGGGGUGGAGAACGUUGCGGACCUAAAAACUAACUUCAACCGGCACCUCCAUUUCACUCUGGUCAAGGACCGGAAUGUGGCCACCAAACGGGACUACUACUUCGCUUUGGCAAACACGGUCCGAGAUCACCUGGUGGGCCGCUGGAUCCGAACGCAGCAGCAUUACUACGAGAAGGACCCCAAACGCGUCUACUACCUCUCCUUGGAGUUUUACAUGGGCCGUACUCUGCAGAACACCAUGGUGAACCUGGCCUUGGAGAACGCCUGCGAUGAAGCCACAUACCAGCUGGGUUUGGACAUGGAGGAGCUGCAGGACAUUGAAGAAGAUGCUGGCCUAGGCAAUGGAGGCCUUGGACGCCUGGCUGCUUGUUUCCUGGACUCCAUGGCAUCUCUGGGUCUGGCUGCUUAUGGAUAUGGCAUCCGGUAUGAGUUUGGCAUUUUCAACCAGAAAAUUGUCAACGGCUGGCAGGUGGAAGAAGCAGAUGACUGGCUGCGUUAUGGGAAUCCCUGGGAGAAGGCUCGGCCCGAGUACAUGCGCCCUGUCCACUUCUAUGGCCACGUGGAGCACACAGCUGAUGGAGUGAAGUGGGUUGACACGCAGGUGGUUCUGGCUCUUCCCUAUGACACUCCAGUCCCCGGCUACAGAAACAACAUAGUUAAUACGAUGAGGCUGUGGUCUGCAAAGGCGCCCUGUGACUUUAACCUGAAAGACUUUAAUGUUGGAGGCUACAUUCAAGCUGUGCUCGAUAGAAACCUUGCUGAGAACAUCUCCAGAGUGCUCUACCCCAACGACAACUUCUUUGAAGGGAAGGAGCUGCGUCUGAAGCAGGAAUACUUUGUCGUAGCUGCAACUCUUCAGGACAUCAUCCGUCGAUUCAAAGCCUCAAAGUUUGGCUCCACAGAGUUUGUGCGGUUAGAUCUUUCCACACUGCCAAACAAGGUGGCCAUCCAGCUGAAUGACACCCACCCUGCUCUGGCCAUUCCUGAACUGAUGAGGCUGCUGGUGGACAUUGAGAAAGUGCCCUGGGAGAAGGCCUGGGACAUCGUGAUCCGAACCUGUGCCUACACCAACCACACCGUGCUGCCUGAGGCACUGGAGCGCUGGCCCGUGGACCUCUUCCAAAAUCUGUUGCCUCGACACCUCGAGAUCAUUUACGAGAUCAACAGGAGGCACCUGGAGCGCAUCUCGAAGCUUUACCCAGGGGACACUGACCGCAUAUGUAGAAUGUCCCUGAUUGAGGAAGGAGAUGUGAAGAAAAUCAACAUGGCUCAUCUUUGUAUUGUGGGCUCUCACGCAGUCAACGGAGUGGCCCGUAUCCACUCAGAUAUCAUCAAAAACACUGUGUUCAAGGAUUUUUACGAGGUUGACCCUCAGAAGUUUCAGAACAAGACCAACGGUAUCACCCCCAGGCGCUGGCUGGUCAUGUGCAACCCCGGUCUGGCUGAGGUCAUCGCUGAGAAAAUUGGAGAGGAUUACAUCCGUGACCUGGACCAGCUGAAGAAGCUUCUGGAGUUUGUGAAUGAUGACGCUUUCAUCCGGGACGUAGCCAAAAUCAAACAAGAGAACAAGAUGAAGCUUGCAGCGCAUCUUGAAGCGCAAUACAAGGUGAAGAUCAACCCCAGCUCCAUGUUUGAUGUGCAGGUGAAGAGGAUCCACGAGUAUAAAAGGCAGCUACUCAACUGCCUGCAUAUCAUCACACUGUACAACCGCAUUAAGAAUGAGCCCAACAAGCCGUGGACACCCAGAACAAUCAUGAUUGGAGGAAAGGCUGCUCCAGGUUACCACACUGCCAAGAUGAUCAUCAAGCUGAUCACGUCCAUCGGAGAUAUCGUUAAUAAUGACCCCGUGGUGGGAGAUCGCCUUAAAGUCAUCUUCCUGGAGAACUACCGCGUCACACUGGCUGAGAAGAUCAUCCCUGCAGCUGACCUGUCUGAGCAGAUUUCCACAGCAGGUACUGAGGCCUCGGGCACAGGGAACAUGAAGUUCAUGCUGAACGGCGCCCUCACCAUUGGCACCAUGGAUGGUGCCAACGUGGAAAUGGCAGAGGAGGCUGGAGAGGAGAAUCUGUUCAUCUUUGGUAUGAGGGUGCACGAUGUGGAGGCUCUGGAUAAGAAGGGCUAUGACGCCGUUUCCUACUAUAACCGUGUCCCCGAGCUGAAGCAGGCAGUGGACCAGAUAGCAGGAGGCUUCUUCAGCCCCAGCCAGCCUGGCCUCUUCAAAGACCUCGUGAACAUGCUGAUGCACCAUGACAGGUUCAAGGUGUUUGCUGACUACGAAGACUACAUCAGAUGUCAGGAGAGAGUCAGCGCGCUCUACAAGAACCCUAAAGAGUGGACCAAGAUGGUGAUUCACAACAUUGCUGGCUGUGGAAAAUUCUCCAGUGACCGCACCAUUUCUGAGUAUGCCCGGGAGAUCUGGGGAAUGGAGCCCAGUCUGGCGAAGAUCGCUGCUCCGGAUGACCCACGCUAAACCAAACUCCCUUCGUCCGUAGCUCAGCACGUGGUACGGCAGCCAGAGACAAACCCUGUAGCUUCUCACUGUGCACUGUGGCAUUAUUUCUUUACAGUAAUGAUCCCUGUACAACCUCAACCACUUCCAGUUCACCCUGUGCUAACUCGAGCUGAAAUGGUCCACUAUGGAUGUGUGACAAAUUAAAGGAAAAAGCAGAACCUGCCACUCCCCUACUGAGGGCUGUGGAGGUAUUUUGCCUCCAUGGUUUUGAUCCACUUUUCUCUUUUUAAAGGGAAAGAUUGUUGCGGAUCCUGAAAAGAGUGGGAAUGUGUUUUGGAAGGAUGGUCUGCCAUUAGUCCAUUUCCAGAGAGUGGGAAUCAAUGCCAAAGAUUAAGGCUGUUGAGGUCCCCUUAAUAAAUUAUUUCAUCACUUGUUUUUCCUUUAACUUGUUACAUGUCUUUAUUCUUCUUUCUUCACCAGUAGCAUUUGUAUUACUUGUACAAGUACUACUAGGCACUGAGCUGUUUUAUGUAAAGUGAAAACUGUAGUACUGUUCCUUUUUAUUAUUUUUACCACUAGUAGUACUUGUACUCCACUAACUGCAGAUUAUGAGAAAACUGGGAAUGUUUUUGGUCACUACAGGAUAAUUGAGGCCUGUCUUUAACAAGAGCUAGACUACAUUCCCCUCCUUCCAAAAGCCAGCAGAACUGCAGAUAAGCCUGAGUCCUGUCACUGUUCCUAACCAGUCACGUCUUCCAUGGAAGAGUGUAGCCUCCUAGCGGUACUGUAACUAAAAAGCAUGUACCCAUGUUUCAGCACAUGAAUAUUUCACGUUCACUGUCCAGCUGCUUGUCCAGUGUUUUACGAUGUUAGCUGAAUGUAUUCAUUUGUGUGUUUAUUAUAGUUGAAGUAGCUGUGAUAUCCUCUCAGCAUGUGUUGUCUUUGUGCUGUAGUCUGUUAGACAUUGAUGGUGCCUACUCUUUGCAAACCUCUCUGGAACAUGUGUGUACUCUCAGCUGUAUUUGUGUGUAACAUAGCAGAGUGAUAUUAAAAAAAACCCAUUUAUCAUCAA